AAUUGGGCAUUCUUAAGCUCUCAUACGUAAUAAUAAAAAAAGAGUUAGUCAUCUCUGCACUUCUACUCACCUUCCUUGAAACUCCAUAAACAUUGUCAAAUAUACUGUACAACGGCAAGAAACAAACUCGAGCGAAAAAAAAAAAAAAAAGGUUCAGUGGUAGUUAAUCAACAAAACAAUGAAACAAGGAGAGGAGUUAGUUUUUGCCGGUAGAACUAUGGUUGGUGUCUCAGAAUCACCACUAUCAGUCAAUUCUCUAUCCCAAAGACCAUUUCCGACACCAUCACCUUUCUCUUUCUCUAUUGCUUCUACCAGGUGGAGCUCUAGACCUUCCAUUCAUCUUUCUGGUCUAGUCCUUCGGUUCUUGGCACUUCUGUUCUCCUUUGUCUCUGCGCUGUCACUGGCUUUUCCUCCAUCAAAGAAGAAUGGUCAAUUCGCAGAUUACCCAGAAUUGAAGUACUGCUUUGUCGUAUAUGUUUUAGUUUUUAUUUACUCUGCUUUUCAACUCUUCAAAGGUGUUUGUGACAUUACACACACAGGAUUUCUCAUUUCUGACAUGAUCUCUGAUUACCUGAGUUUUAUACUUGAUCAGUUGGCGGCUUAUCUUCUCAUUUCUUCUGGAUCGGUCGCAAUAUCCAUCAUUCAACAUAUGACCAGAACUGCAUCAAUUUGGAAGGCAACUAUCAUUUCCAUUAGCAUAUCAUUUGUAACUUUCCUGGUUAUUGCAACCUGCACUGUUUUGUCAGGCUAUAAGCUCUGUAAGAGAAUCAUCUGGUAAGCGGUGAUGUAUUUUGUAAUUGAUUACAGUGCUUAACCCCUGCAAAACAAGUGCUCCACAUUAGUAUGUAAAACAUAGGAAAAACUAGUCUCCCUUUGUUGGGCUUGUGCCUUGUAAUAUCAGGUUGCAGCUUCUUCA